AUGCCAAAUUGUGUCGUUUCUCGAUACCAGCCAGGCACAUUCACUGCCCAGUUUCGAAAGAUGCUGGAGCAAGAUAGGAGCGGAGAGAGCUCCGGUCAUGAAGAUGCGAUCGCAUCUUGUUCCAGAGCAAAAGGCUCCAGCCAUACCGACGAUGACCGUGCAGUAUCCCACCAAGACCGACUUGAGAACGGACAUGGCCAGAAGAUCCGAUCAGUGUCCAGUCGAGAAAAGAAAUCAAUCGAAAACUUGUCGACCAGACCGUAUGAUCGCCAGCAAUCUGCUGCCAGGCAAGCCAUCAAGCGAGCGAAAUUGUUAGAAAGUAAGGUUAAAAUACGUCAACGGAAGAACCUCGCUAGCGAUAUCGAGCUCCUCACUGUCAGCAUAGAGAAGCUCACUAGCGACUUCGAAGCUCUCAAAGAGGAGGUGAAGAAC